AUGCAGACACACCUUAGUCUGCUCUGUGACUCGUGUCGCUCUCUGGCAUCAUCAGCCCCCGGAUCCUUAAGUAAGUCUUCUGUUUCACUCCGUUGUCCUAGCCUGCAUCCCAAUGGAACGGUUACUACUAUUGUCUCGGAAAGAGCUGAUGACGCCGAUGUUGAUGCCGAUUUCCUUGUAAAAUUUGCCUUCCAACCCAGUUCAAAAUUUUGCUCCACCACAGUUCAUCCGGUCUGCCGGGGCGGUGUUGUCCUACCAAAUUUGUCAGGCCUUGAAGAAGAAGUUGAAGAGGAAGAUGGUAACCAGCUCGACCUCCAUAGGACUAUUAAGGCGUCUGUCGCUGAAGAGACAGGAUGCCGUCGUUCUCGAAUUACGGGUGCUAUUUCUUUUAUGACUCGAUUGUCUUCAUCUGCGAGCCGCCUUCUCUUUGGCCAACUUAAUUCACACUCUGUGGAUUCAUCUAGGCAUCCCAACUUUGUCACUUCCACCUUGAAUCGACAGCCGAGGAGCUGGAGACGAAGGUCACUCCGAAAACCUCUAGGCUUCAUGGCUCCACUGGCUGCACAAGAAUCGGUUCAUCUUCUUGGUCAGCAUUUGUUCGCAUGGCUGAUCUCACCCGAGUCUAAAAGAAUGAGUGCCCCCAGCACCGACCACUCGUUCACCUUUUCAUCUUCUGCAUCCCAGCCCCAAUCUGGUCAGGGGGUAUCUGUCGACCAAGAUCUAGUGCCAUGCCUGACUGCAGAUCCAACCUCUUGGAUUACGACUGAUCAGCAAGCUAAUCGGGGCCCCUCUUCAGUUAUCCUCGAUCCCAUUCAUGCGGAAGAUUCGGCUUCUUCCACUUGCACAGAUGCUUUGCGAUCCGCACCGAGUGACCUUGAAGCUGACGUAAUAGAUAUUUCCAUGCCUAGCCAGCCAAAACGAGUCGAAAGCUCCGUUGUUGUGGCCACGGUAGUUGUAGAAGAGCCCCAUUCUCAAGUUGAUCUUGGAAAACCCCUAAUCAUGGGUUAUCUUCCCAGCUCCUCCCCGUCUUCCUCUUUUACCUCAACCUAUCCUUCCUUAUUUACGAAGCAUGAAAUGGGUUCCCAGCCUGAAUCAGCCAACUUGAUCUCCUCUACCCCAACUAGUGAGGCCUCAGCCUGA